AUGGCUGAAAUACAGGAAUGUAAGAGACACGCUCCGAGGUAUGAAACUGCGCAAAAACUCACCGGGUUGCUCGAGUUCACAAAGCGCAAGAAUAUCAGCAACACUCGGAGCUUCGGUCGUUGCGAUGAACUUCCGAUCCUUCAGCCAAACUUGCUCAAUCCGACUGGAUUACCCACCCCGGCUUUGCCAGGAAGCAGAUGGUUAUCGCGAUCGGAGGAGAAUCGUCCAUCACUGGCACGGCACCAAACGGAUUUACUCGCAAAAAUUCUUCCGAUUUAUGCUCAAACCGGCGAAGCGCAACAGGCUGGGAUUGAAAUGGCACAUUAUUCAGCUUCAAGAGCAGAACGAGGGCUCGUGAAGGUUGCGAGAGGAGGUCGUAGUCAACAGGAGCAUGAAUUCCUACAAGGAGGUCUCAUAACAUCCAGGCAUAUUGAAGAUGCAGCAUCCUAUGAAGGUCUUUGGAAAGCCCUUCACAGAUUAGGCUAUGUCACAUUGUACCAUGAAUGGAAUGAGGAGGGCACCUGGCUUGGGACAUUCCAACAGUUCAGAAGUCUGCAAGGAUUCAGAAAUCCACCAACAGACCAUUACAACAGGGCUUUCCAAGCUGAGCAAGAAUACCUCAGAGACAUUUGGCUCGAAUAUCCUGACAAGCCAAAAUUCUUCUUCUACAUAGAUGCCUUUUACACCCAUGCUUCAAAUGAACUUUCAGCCAUUGAUCAUGAGCUUCUUGAAUUCCUCAAGUGGACCCAGUCAUCAGAAGUGCAAAACAACACACUCUUCAUUUUAAUGAGUGAUCAUGCUAGUUUCAUCUACUCUCCAGAGGAAGGAGAGUUCAGAGUGCAAAUGGAGUCCAGAUCCCCUCUGCUCCAUAUUUCAUACCCACCCUGGAUGACUUCUGAUGCCAUAGCUUCUCUGAAAAUCAAUGCAAAAGAACGCUUAGUCACUACAUUUGAUCUACACAGGACUUUGACUGAGCUUCCAUAUAUGUUCUCAAAAAGCAAGACUGUUCCAGGUCCUAAACCCCUACCUUGUCAAGUCAAUGAAUUGUGCUACAAUAUUUUCCAAGAAAUACCCAAGACCAGAUCCUGUGCAGAUGCAGGCAUUCAACCCCCCUGGUGUGGUUGUGUAGAACCAUUACUAGUUGAAGAAGCAGAGAAAAAUAAAGUAGUGGAAUUGUGUUCACAGAAAGCCCUCAUUUUGAUCAACAGUCAUUUGAAAGCAAGUAGACUAAUGUUGGAACACAUUUGUGAACCGUGGAGGCUAGUUGAAGUGGUUUCAUCUUGGGUUUAUGGUGGGCCAGGCAUGGGGAAUCAUUCCAAGCAUUUCCACUUCACUUAUGAUCCAGAAAUGCUGACCAAAAGUGUCGCGUAUUCGGCAAUAAUUAAGGCACAACCCGGAUCAACUCCAUUCCAAAUAACAUUCAGAUACAAGGAAAAAGCGGAAGAUCCAUGUUCAAUGAAAGCAGAAUUCAAAACCGAAUACUCCUCGAUAUUCAUAGGAUUAAUCACCGCAUUGCUAAUGAAUCUGGUCAUUCCAGAAGAAGAGCAUUUGCAGGGCUAA